CGCGGCCCAGCAGCGGCGCGCAGGAAUUGACUCCAGACCUUCCUACCGAUGGGAAGACAGCGGCGAUCUCCCGCCGGAGAGCAGUCGGUCCAGUCAGUCGAACCCGACUCAAGGACUGUGACGAGGUCCCGGUCGACGGCGGCGGCUGGAUCUGUCACCUCGCGCCAGUCAGAGAUGGCACCGACCGUCACGCAGGAGGAGCCAUCGACGGCCAGCAAGAGGCCACGUAUCUCCUCUGCACCACGCCGUCGGCGUCGUGGCAUCACCGGCGCUGAUGGCGGCGCACGGGUGGUGACUCCAGCUUCAACUGUCGGAGUGGAAGAGGUGGAGGUCGUGCCGCCGAGGUCAGUUGCUCCCGCGGCAAGUGACCCCAUGGUGGCUGCUACUGCCUUUGUACCCAACUCUCCCGUCCGUAUGCCGUAUCUGGUGGAGUAUGAUUCCAAGGGACAGCCACUCCCCGAACCAUCGGUUUCGCAAGACCCAGAGUUAUCCAGAGCCUACCUAAAUGCCUACCAACAAUACUACGAGAGGAUAGGUCAACUAUUGAAGCUUCCGACAUUGGACAAAGACACCGCUAUUGAUUCAAUACCUAUUCAAGAUUGCUGCAGACACAAUCCUGAAAGCUUCAAAGUUUGUUUUGGGGCUCUCUGCAUAUAUUGAUGAUGUGUUACUAAGACAAAGCUCAGGAAUUUUGAUGGAGUGGAAUGAGGACAAAGGAACCAUUUUAACAUCUGCGCAUCUCUUUUGCUCAAGGCCUCCAAACGUGGAUGUGUGGUUAGGUGGACAAGAGUAUGCUCGAGAUGCUGAGGUCCGUGUUCAGUUAUUGCAUAUCGAUGAUGUUGAAGUGAGGGGUCAAUUGAUUUAUUUAGAUGAGCAAUAUGGUUUUGCUCUGAUCAGUGUACCUAUGGAUCCAGCAGAAACGUUACCUCGUUUUUGCAAUGAACUGAUAUUUUCCGAGGACAUUUUCCUCCUUGGAAGAGACAGGUGGGAUUUGCAGAUAGAGAAUUGCAAAGUGAUGAACAAAGGUGCAGGCUCGUAUCAGCAUCACCAUUACAUGUACUUUGAUGCUGUUGUCUCAGGGUGUUGUUUUGGAGGGGCAGUAAUCAACUUGGAAGGAGUUGUUAUUGGAUUGAUAGCUAGUGCCAUUGAAUUUAUACCUUCUUCAACCAUUCUCAAAUGCUUGCAUCUUUGGAGGACAUUCAAUUGUAUCCCCCGUAUCCAUCUUGGGAUGAAGUUGUUUGGCAUCAAAUGUCUGAACCUUAAGAGUAAAGAGAAGAUAUCUCGAAAGUACCAUAUUGAUGCUGGUCUUAUCGUCCUAGAGGUGUCAGGAGGAUCGAAUGCCGAGACUCAUGGUGUUAGGAUUGGUGAUACUGUGAACAGAGAAUGCAUUGCUACUGCAAUUCAGUUGGAGAAUAUGUUGCUGGAUACAUGCAAGGGCUAUUUGGAAAAAGGAAUUGGCUGCGAUUCCGACAAGGAUGUAGUGUUAGUGCUUGACGUGUUCAACACCACCAAACGCCUCCCUGGCAGAAUACACUUAACUGCAAAACUGUCUCGUGGUGUUGAAAUCAUUGAAAGAGGCAAAUACGGAGUUUCUAUGAAAACAUGCUCUACCUUGAUUUGACAAAGCUGGCCCAGGCAAGUUAAUUUUCCUGCAUUAUUAUAACUGUUCCAUCACAUCUUUUAGUGCUUUGCCGUCUUUUAUGUAUGCCAGUUAGUUGGCUCUGGCAAAAAAAUUCUUACUUUGAGAAAAGGUUUAUCUUUUAAAUGCAUGGAUUGAGUCAAGUGAUAAAAUUUGAGGAUGAAGAGUGAAGCUCAAGUGAGAGGUGUGUUGAGAGAGGAAACGAACAGGGCCUGACCGGGCCAACUCGCCAGUAGCCACCGACUUUGCUGGCGGGCCUUGGACUGGUCAUGGCCCCGUGGUGCCUUGCCCAUUUUGGGUUGAUUUGAUAGGCGUUUCCCUUCUUGAUUUGCGCGCCUUUUCGUGAAUCAUUCCAUGUACUUAUGUUUUGUGACCUGCAAAACAAUGUUCUCCAAAUACAUGUGGUGCCUGGUUAAUAGUAAAUGCGUAUAUGAUUAAGUUUGCCAUUUU